ACCGCAUAUGGCGGACGCUGAGUUUGUGUUUAUGUCAAUAAGAAACUGAUUUUUAUCAUUUGCGCGGGUGUGGAUUUAAUAAUUUAUAAAUGGUGACGUGCUUGUGGAACCUGUGAUUUGUGUAUAUUUUCUGUGACAAUGGAUUUUUUCCCUGGACGUUUGGACGAUUUGAUAUCUUCAGUGUAUUUAUAAGGACGUUUAGUUCCAGUGUCCGGCUCCACACGAUGCGGGACCAUCUGAAACAGGCUUUUAGUUUCGCUGACGGGUUCUGCAAUAUGACCGCCGAUUCCACACCCGCGCGGCGCGGCGCCGGUAAAAUGCGAGAGGGGCGCCGCUCGCUCCACCGCACCGCCGCUCUGCUGUUUGCCUGCCUCCUCUUCCUCGCCUCUCAAGUCGACGCCUCUGAUCCCCCGGAGAUCACAAUUCGGCCGCGUAACCUGCAGGUCCGAGCCAACGGCAUCGCAGCGUUCUACUGCGCGGCUCGUGGAGACCCUAUCCCCAACAUACAGUGGCGCAAGAACGGCAAACGAGUAUCAAGCAUGCAAUCGCGGUACCAAGUGUCAGGCAUGGAGUCGGCAGCAGGACUCGGCGCCAACGGUGCUGUGCUGCGUAUAGAACCGGUCCGCGCCCAGCGAGACGACGCCACGUACGAGUGUGUUGCAGAGAACGGAGUUGGUGAUGCUGUAACUGCUGUGGCUACACUCACCGUGUUUGAAGCGGACAAAGUACCACCAGGCUUCCCGAACAUCGCUCUGCCUCCUACCACGAUGGUGGUGGAGGUUGGCCACACUGCCACACUGCCGUGCCAGGCUACUGGCAACCCUACGCCCAGGAUCAAGUGGCUGUGGAACUCACUGCCGCUGGAUGUCGCCGCCAACCCGCGAUACGCGCUUCUUAACGACAAAAUGCAUGGUACAUUACAAAUAGUGAAGAGUGAGGAAGAGGACCAGGGCAAGUUCGAGUGUGUCGCGGAAAACUCCAUCGGCACUGAGUUCUCCAAGCCCACCUCCUUAUACGUCAAAGUGAGGCGCGUAUCUCCACAGUUCUCCAUCCCGCCGCCGCCGCGGACCGAGGUGAUGCUGGGCGGCAACCUCACCCUCAAGUGUGUGGCCUUCGGAUCGCCCAUGCCUACUGUCAAAUGGAGGAAAGGUCUAACAAAAUGGCUGACGCCUGAAGACAACCCGCCACUGGGCUUGAACACGUUGAAGCUGGAAGACAUCCGGGAGUCUGCCAACUACACCUGCGAGGCAGCCAGCGUGCUCGGGGUCAUCGAGGCUACUGCUGAGGUGAAAGUGCAAUCGUUGCCCGGACCGCCGACAGAGGUGCGAGCUUCAGAGAUCACAGCCACCACCGUCCGCUUGGCGUGGACCUACAGCGGCCCAGAAGAACCACAAUACUACGUCAUCCAAUACAAGCCCAAAUAUGCUAAUCAGGCCUUCAGUGAAAUCUCCGGCGUCAUCACCCAGUAUUACUCCGUCACCAACCUGUCACCAUACACAGAGUACGAGAUGUACGUCAUAGCCGUCAACAACAUCGGAAGAGGACCCCCGUCCGCUCCUGCCGUCAUCACCACUGGAGAAACCGUGGAUUCCCUAUAUGGAGGUGCCAAACCCGGCUCUGCGCCUAGGAACGUACAAGUGCGACCUCUGAGCUCCAGCACCAUGGUUAUCCAGUGGGAUGAGCCUGAGACUCCUAACGGCCAAGUCACGGGGUACAAAAUUUAUUACACGACAGACCCGUCUCAACCGCUACAGUCCUGGCAUUCGCAAAUGAUGGACAACAGCCACUUGACAACGAUCAGCGAGUUGACCCCGCACACGGUGUACACAAUACGGGUGCAAGCGUUCACGUCAGUCGGACCUGGACCUAUAUCAGCACCCGUGCAGGUCAAAACUCAGCAAGGUGUGCCAUCUCAGCCGUCAAACCUGGUAGCAGUGGAAGCAGGGGAGACAUCGGUGACGUUGUCCUGGCGAAGACCAGCUCAUGCCGGAGACAACAUCGUCUCCUACGAGUUGUACUGGAACGACACUUACGCUAAGGAGCAUCAUAGGAAACGGAUACCCAUAACAGAGACGUACACGCUCAACGGAUUGUACCCCAACACGUUGUACUACAUCUGGUUAGCUGCGCGGUCGCAACGCGGCGAGGGCGCGACCACACCGCCCGUGGCAGUGCGCACCAAGCAAUACGUUCCGGGAGCGCCUCCGAUGAAUGUGACCGCUGUUGCUGUGUCGCCUACUGCAAUCCGUGUGUCGUGGCAACCGCCGCCGGCGGAGCGGGCCAACGGCCGCAUCGCUUACUACAAGCUGCUUUGCGUGGAAUCUGGGCGGGGCGACUCUGAGGCGACAGUCGUCAAGCUGAACCAGACCACGUUUGUCCUGGACGAGCUGCGUCGCUGGACCGAGUACCGUAUCUGGGUGCUCGCCGGCACCAGCGUUGGCGACGGCCCCGCCUCUUAUCCCGUCACAGUCCGCACUCACGAAGACGUGCCUGGAGAGCCGAAGGACGUGAAGGUGACGGCCAUCAACUCGACUUCCAUCCACGUGACGUGGAAGCCUCCUCAGGAGAAGGAGAAGAACGGCAUCAUCCGCGGCUACCAUGUGCACGUGCAAGAAGUCAGAGAAGAGGGUAAGGGCCUCCUAAACGACCCAAUGCGCUUCAACGUGAUGGACGACACGACACUGGAGCUGAACAUCUCAGGGUUGCAGCCAGACACGCGGUACAGUGUGCAGGUUGCCGCGCUCACCAGGAAGGGGGACGGCGACCGCAGUGCGCCGGAGUCGGUCAAGACACCCGGCGGUGUGCCAAACCGGCCGACCGUCAACCUCAAGGUCUUGGAACGAGAACCAAUAGUAUCAAUCGAAUUAGAAUGGACGAAACCUACACAAACGUAUGGUGAUUUACUGGGAUAUCGUCUUAGAUACGGCAUAAAAGAUCAGCCUUUAGACGAAGAAAACUUCUCUGGAACUAAAAUUACGUCGUUUAGGAUAAAUGAUUUAGAACGAGGUGUGCAAUAUGAAUUCAGAGUAGCUGGAAGAAAUCAUAUUGGCAUUGGACAGGAGACGAUCAAGUAUUGGUUAACGCCUGAAGGAGCGCCUAAAGGACCCCCAACAAAUGUCUCUUAUCACUUCCAAACGCCAGACGUUAUUAGUGUUACUUGGGAACCACCAAUCAGAGCAGAUCGAAGCGGCCAAAUUAAGAAAUAUGACGUCCAGUUUUACAAGAGAGGUGAUCAGUCGUCUCAAAUAGAGAAAACUACAGAAUUAACUAAAGCAGUAUUCACGGGCUUAGAAGAAGAUGCCCAUUAUGUGUUUAAAGUAAGGGCGUACACAGAUCAAGGCCCAGGACCGUACAGUAAAGAUAUAACGGCACACACUGAAAGGGACAUAGGUAGAGCUCCCAUGGCAGUGAAGGCCGUUGCAACUUCAGAAUCGAGUGUAGAAGUAUGGUGGGAACCCGUCCCCUCUAGAAGGAAAAUUGUUGGCUAUGUAAUCUUCUACACUAUGACGCCAGUUGAAGAUUUAGACGAAUGGCAACAAAAGACUGUUCACAUGACGCAUUCCGCAGACAUAGAAAAUUUAGAAAAGUUUGCAGAAUACGCUGUUGCUGUGGCUGCGAAGACAAACGAAGGUUUAGGAAGGUUAUCCGAGAAGGUUACCGUGAAAGUAAGGCCUGAAGAAGUGCCUUUACACCUCAGAGCUCAAGACGUAUCAACUCACUCCAUGACUUUAUCAUGGUCCCCUCCGUUACGCUUAAACCCCAUUAGUUAUAAGAUUUCAUACAAUGCUAUUAAAGAAUUCGUGGAUUCACUUGGCAUGACGCAAACACAAGAAAUUCCGAAGCGGGAAAUAAUUGUAAAGCACGAUCGAACUUCGUACUCAAUAAAUGACCUGUCUCCGUUUACGACUUACAACGUGAACGUGAGCUGUAUUCCGAAUGACGAUUCGUACAGACCUCCGACUAAAAUUACAGUUACCACACAAAUGGCAGCGCCUAAGCCCAUGGUGAAGCCCGAUUUUUACGGCGUUGUUGAAAACGAAAUACUCGUUAUUCUACCUCAAGCAUCUGAAGAAUACGGCCCUAUAUCCCAUUAUUAUCUAGUUGUAGUUCCCGAUGAUAAGGCACAUAAUCAUAAGAAUCCUGAUCAGUUCCUAACCGACGAUUUGAUAAAGAAUAAUGCGAGAACGGACGAUGAAAAUGCACCAUACAUUGCUGCUAAAUUCUUGCAACGAAACAUUUUAUACACGUUCCAUUUAGGAAAUGAUGAAAUGUAUGAAGGUUUCCUGAAUAGGAAACUGAACCCGACGAAGAGAUAUAGAGUAUUUGUAAGAGCUGUUGUAGAUACUCCUCAGAAACAUCUGUACACUUCAAGUCCGUUUUCUGAGUACUUAUCUUUGGAUAUGCGUGAAGCGCCUCCUGGAGAAGAACCAAGCAGACCUGACCCCAAGGACAUGAACGAGAACCCAGAAAUAAGAAUAGAGGAAAACAGAAAAGAAGCCGGCAUGGUUUGGGUAAUUGGACCAAGCAUAGCGGCGUUGAUGCUUUCCUUACUUUUAGUGUUGUUGUUCAUUGUGAAGAGAAGAAGGCAACCAUGCAAGACUCCUGAUCAAGCGGCAGUAACUCGUCCUUUAAUGUCAGCUGAUGUUGGAUUUGGCGCUCCAUCUGAUCCCGUCGAAAUGAGAAGACUGAAUUUCCAAACUCCAGCUAUGAUCUCCCACCCUCCUAUUCCUAUAUCAGAACUUGCAGAACAUAUCGAUAGACUUAAGGCUAAUGAUAAUCUUAAAUUCUCUCAGGAGUACGAAAGUAUUGAACCUGGACAACAAUUCACAUGGGAUCACUCUAAUAUGGAGGUGAAUAAACCUAAGAACCGAUACGCCAAUGUAAUCGCUUACGACCACAGCAGAGUAAUCCUCCAACCAAUUGACGGCUUACUAGGAAGCGACUACAUUAACGCCAACUACUGUGAUGGCUACCGAAAACAUAAUGCCUACGUCGCAACUCAAGGCCCACUACAAGAGACCUUCACCGAUUUCUGGCGAAUGUGCUGGGAACUGCGAACAGGCACAAUCGUGAUGAUGACUAAACUCGAGGAGCGAACAAGGAUCAAGUGCGACCAAUACUGGCCAAGCCGGGGAAGCGAAACGUAUGGCAUGAUGACGGUAACCAUCGCGGAAGUUCAAGAACUUGCCACUUAUUGCAUCCGAACCUUCCAAGUUACUAGAAAUGGAGGAGCUGAGCGUCGAGAGAUUAAGCAGCUGCAGUUUACAGCGUGGCCUGACCACGGCGUCCCUGACCACCCGGCUCCAUUCUUACAAUUCUUGCGACGCGUCCGUGCUUUGAAUCCUCCUGAUGCUGGACCUCUAGUCGUACACUGUUCAGCGGGUGUUGGCCGAACUGGCUGCUUCAUCGUUAUUGACUCGAUGCUCGAGAGGGCCAGACAUGAACGCACGGUCGACAUCUACGGGCACGUGACCUGCCUGCGAGCUCAACGCAACUACAUGGUGCAGACUGAGGACCAGUACAUUUUCAUCCACGACGCCUUGCUCGAGGCUGUGGUAUGCGGAGACACCGAAGUCCCGGCCCGUAAUCUGCACGCACACAUUCAGAAGCUAAUGCGUAUUGACGCUAUUGAGAAUAUUACUGGCAUGGAAUUAGAAUUCAAGAAACUUGCCAACAUGAAGGCUGAUUCUAGUCGCUUCGUGUCUGCCAGCUUGCCUUGUAAUAAGCAUAAGAAUAGAUUGGUUCACAUCUUGCCAUAUGAGUCGACGCGCGUGUGCUUGACGCCCCGCGACGGCUCCGACUACAUCAACGCUUCGUUUGUGGAUGGCUACAGAUACAGAGCGGCGUACAUCGCGACGCAAGGUCCGCUGCCUGACACCACUGACGACUUCUGGCGAAUGUUGUGGGAGCACAACUCCACCAUCAUUGUGAUGCUGACCAAAUUGAAAGAAAUGGGCAGGGAAAAAUGUCACCAGUACUGGCCGUCGGACCGCUCUGUGCGCUACACGUGCUUCGUGGUCGAUCCCAUAGCAGAAUAUAACAUGCCUCAAUACAUCUUGAGAGAAUUCAAGGUCACAGACGCCCGCGACGGAGCAUCCAGAACGGUCCGCCAGUUCCAGUUCACGGACUGGCCCGAGCAGGGAGUUCCCAAAAGUGGGGAAGGAUUCAUCGACUUCCUAGGACAGGUGCACAAGACCAAGGAGCAAUUUGGACAGGAUGGGCCGAUCACUGUGCAUUGCAGCGCGGGAGUGGGCCGCACGGGCGUGUUCAUCACACUGUCGACGGUGCUGGAGCGCAUGCAGUACGAGGGAGUCGUCGACGUGUUCCAGACGGUGCGCACGCUUCGCACGCAACGCGUCGCCAUGGUGCAAACUGAGGACCAGUACGAAUUCUGCUACCGCGCCGCUCUGGAGUACCUCGGCUCAUUCGACCACUACGCCAACUGACGCUGAGACAUGCUCGUCUAAACGUCUUGUUUACGCUUGACUCACUACGUAUAUACUUAACCGUAUAGAUUCCUAGAGCGGAGGCGAUAGUGUUGAUAGAUAAUUGUGGGCAAAAAUAACUAUAUAGAACUCCCUGUCUUAAACUAACAAUUAACUACUACACUUACACAAGUACUAUUAUAAGCUCACGACUACUCAAUUGGUUGGUCAGAGGUACAUCCAUCACAAGAUGAACUAAGUACCCACGCCUCCCCGAGCCACGUGAAUGGGGAGCUGUAUCGCCGUCUAUAAUCGAGCCUGUGUUGUUGAAAACUGCACUAUUAUCCUAAAUGGAAAUCAAUCCCUCUAAAACAUUUCCCUCUGCGUUUCAAAAACGACCCUACUGUUAACACUUUCGGCUGACCGGACGGCUAUUUAAAAAAAUGUAUUAUGACACAUUAAUUUUCCAUAUAAAAUUAGGAGACGCUGAAGGACGUUCUGAUUUUGUUAUAAGCAAGAAUAAUGUGAAAUAUGGCACAAACGUUACUAAACGUCGUCGUAUAUAAGCGUUCUAUCAUAACCGUUAUACUACGAUCAUCAGUAAAAGGA